CCCUUUGAUCUAUUUUCAAAAAAAUAUAGUCAACUCCCCCGACGACGACGAGGCUCCGUCCUUCACGGCGGUGCCUAAUUUUGUCAAAUAGUGCCCGGUUUAGUUGACGAACCGGGCCCAAACCAGUAGCACUGCACUGUGUGCUAGAGAGAGAGAGAGAGAGAGAGACGAAGAACAAAGAAAUGACAAAGAUGAGAGUGGAGUCACUGGCCUGGCUUCUCACCAUUCUGGCCAUUUUCUCAGCCGCUGCUUCCAUUGAUGAUAAAUGUGCUGCUUGUAACGCUGUUGCGGAAGAGCUAGAAAUUGGACUUUCCAAUGAGAAACCAAGGAAUCAUUUGGACAUGAGGCAUCGGUUGGACUCAAAAGGUCAACGCGAAGGAAAAGUGAUUGAUUAUAGAGUCAGUGAGCUGAGAGUUGUUGAACUUCUGGAUGGACUCUGUCAGAAAAUGCAAGACUACACUCUUGAAAAGAUAGAUAAAACCAAACAAGAAUGGGUCAAAGUUGAUGAUUGGGAUAGCCUUACAACUGAUAGACAAAAAGCCCAAGCUUAUUCUAAAGAUAUAUCAACUUAUUGUGGAAGGCUGCUUGAGGAAACUGAAGAUGAGCUAGCAGAAUUAAUAAAGAAAGGACAUGUUAAAGUAGGAGAAGUGAAUCAAGUUCUGUGUCAAGAAUUGAGCCAGCACUGUAGCAAGACAAGAGGUUACCGGGAAACAGGCAUCAAUGGCGACGAUGACACUGAAAGAGAACUUUGAAGCACUCAGAUUAUCUGGUUGGUUGUAACCCCUUUUCUGUUCCAGAUUUAUUAGUUUCCGGAUGCAGUUCAGGAACGAGAGCUUCUGAUUAACUCCCAUAUGCUAAAAUUGUUUCAACUUUUGUUGUCUUGAAAAGUACUGAUUAAAUUGGGAAAAACUAAUUUUCAGAAUCCCAAAUGAGAUAAAAACUUAUUUUCUAGAAA